CAGAGUUACUGCAGAGAGAAACACACAGACCUGAGCAGUGGACUGGACCAGCUGAAGGACGACCAACUGAAAAAUGUUCUACCUAAAAAUAAAAAUGUGUAUAUUGGUCUGUUCAGAGACACCUGGAGGUGGUCAGAUGGAAGCAGCUUUUCUUUCAGACACUGGAACCUUACGUUUAAUGAUGAGAAAUACAACAGUGGUCAAUGUGCCAUGACAGCGUUUGAUGAUGGAGGCAGAUGGAAGAAUGACAACUGCACGACAAAAAAACCCUUCAUCUGUUAUGAUGACAACAUGAUCUUGAUUCAAGAAAACAAAACCUGGGAAGAAGCCUUACGCUACUGCAGAACUCACUACCGUGACCUGGUCACCAUCUCCAACCUUGAUGAGCAGAGGUCCGUCCAGCAGGAAACCCAGUUUGCCUCGAGUCCUUUUGUUUGGAUGGGACUGCACUAUGCCUGCACUCUAGAUGUGUGGUUCUGGGUCACUGAUGAAGUUCUCAUUUUUGAGAACUGGGCCUUAGAAUUAAAGAUAGAUGACUGUGACAUGUCUGGAGCCAUGCAGCAAGAAGGAGAACAUAAGUGGGUGAAAGAAAAUGUUAGUGAGAAGUUUAAUUUCAUCUGUUCCAAGUGUUAAGUUUUGCAUGUUGAUGUACUAUAAUCAAACAAUAGCAAAGGUCACAGAUAUGUCAUAUUCUAAGUAGAAAUUCAACUAAAGGAAAAGAUUAUCAAUUUGAAAACAUUGAAGGUAUAUUAAUAAGAAAGGAUUAAACACUAGCAAAGUUUCACAAUAUCUACAACAGUAUAUAUAU